UGGACACCGAGCUUCCGGUUUGGAAUUGGUCCGUCGGAGAAAUGCUUCCGUGCGCAAACGCAGAAGGAGGAGAGGAAGCGGCCAUGGCGACAAUGAUCGAGGAAAAUGGUCCCUCGAGUCACGAGCAGUCCGGAGUGUCCUCGUCCUUCCAGGCCAGGCACAAACUCGAGGGGCUCCUGAACAAGAACAUGAGGAUCCGCAUGACAGACGGACGCACUCUGGUGGGACUCUUCCUCUGCACAGACCGGGACUGCAACGUCAUCCUGGGCUCCGCUCAGGAGUUUCUCAAAUCCACAGACACGUUCUCCCAGGGUGAACCCCGUGUCCUGGGCCUGGCUAUGAUCCCUGGUCACCACGUGGUAUCCAUUGAAGUUGAGGCCGAUAGUCUGGAGGACACAGACGGAUUUGCGGUGAACCACUGACGAAGCCCUGGCUGCUUGAACAACACUCAUGUUGCAUUCAUGCGACAGACUCUCGUGGAGCCAAGGUUGAGGCUGAGCCCGGAGACCUACGGACAUGUGCUGUGGAGGAUUUUACAGAACUCCUGUGUCAGAAUCCUGACGUCCCUCCAUUGUUGAAGAAGCAGUGACAGCUGUCACAGUGUUUGAAAAGAAAUGGGCAAAAAGCAGAUACCUUGAUAAUUGUGGAAAAGGUUUUUCAGUGCUGUGUACAGGAAAUGUCUUUGUUGUGGUGUUUUAUAAAUAAAUUGCUGUAUUUGA